GCGCCGCCAUCUUGUGGGGCAGCUGGAGGGAGACGCGGCGGCCGCUGCCGAGGCAGCGAGAGACUGAGCGCGCCGGGCCGCACACACGCUCCGCCGCCAUGGUACUCUUGGCGGCAGCCGUCUGCACAAAGGCAGGGAAGGCCAUAGUUUCUCGGCAGUUUGUGGAAAUGACUCGAACCCGCAUUGAGGGGCUGCUGGCAGCCUUCCCCAAACUUAUGAACACUGGGAAACAACACACAUUUGUGGAGACAGAGAGUGUGCGAUAUGUAUAUCAGCCAAUGGAGAAGCUGUAUAUGGUAUUGAUCACCACCAAAAACAGCAAUAUCCUGGAAGACCUAGAAACACUCCGGCUCUUCUCUAGAGUGAUUCCCGAAUAUUGCCGAGCUCUGGAGGAGAACGAGAUCUCUGAGCACUGCUUUGACCUGAUUUUUGCCUUUGAUGAAAUUGUUGCCCUGGGCUACCGUGAGAACGUAAACCUGGCACAAAUUCGGACCUUCACAGAGAUGGACUCGCAUGAAGAGAAGGUGUUCCGAGCAGUCAGAGAGACUCAAGAGCGUGAGGCCAAGGCUGAAAUGCGCCGUAAAGCCAAGGAGUUGCAGCAGGCCCGAAGGGAUGCAGAGAGACAGGGCAAAAAAGCACCAGGCUUCGGUGGAUUUGGCAGCUCAGCUGUGUCUGGGGGCACAACUGCGGCCAUGAUCACAGAGACCAUUAUUGAAACAGAGAAGCCCAAAGUGGCACCAGCACCAGCCAGACCAUCGGGUCCCAGUAAGGCUUUGAAGCUUGGAGCUAAAGGGAAGGAGGUGGACAACUUUGUGGACAAGCUGAAAUCAGAAGGAGAAAAUAUCAUGACCUCUUCUGUAGGCAAGCGCUCCUCAGAGGCAGCCAAGGUUCUCGCUCCACCCAUUAACAUGGAGAGCGUGCAUAUGAAAAUCGAGGAGAAGAUUUCCUUGACUUGUGGCCGUGAUGGUGGGUUACAGAACAUGGAGCUGCACGGCAUGAUCAUGCUGAGGAUCUUAGAUGAAAAGUUUGCCCGGAUUCGCCUCCAUGUAGAAAAUGAAGACAAGAAGGGGGUACAGCUACAGACUCACCCAAACGUGGACAAGAAACUUUUUACUGCUGAGUCUCUGAUUGGCUUGAAGAACCCAGAGAAAUCAUUCCCUAUUAACAGUGAUGUGGGGGUGCUGAAAUGGAGGUUGCAGACCACAGAAGAGUCUUUCAUUCCACUGACAAUUAACUGCUGGCCAUCGGAAAGCGGGAAUGGUUGUGACGUUAACAUUGAAUAUGAGCUGCAAGAGGCGAGCCUAGAACUGAAUGAUGUGGUCAUCACAAUCCCAUUGCCGUCCAGUGUUGGCGCCCCAGUGAUUGGAGAGAUUGAUGGGGAGUAUCGCCAUGACAGCAGGAGGAAUCUCCUUGAAUGGUGCCUGCCAGUGAUAGAUGCCAAAAACAAGAGUGGCAGCCUGGAGUUCAGCAUAGCCGGGCAGCCCAAUGACUUCUUCCCGGUGCAAGUCUCCUUCAUCUCCAAAAAGAAUUACUGCAACAUACAGGUUACCAAAGUGACCCAGGUAGAUGGGAACAGCCCUGUAAGGUUUUCCACUGAGACCACCUUCUUGGUGGACAAAUACGAAAUCCUGUAACGCCAGCAGCAGGGAAUAACAAAUGAUUUUUUUAAAUUAAAAGAAAAAAAGGCUGAAGUUUAUUCUGAAUGUCUGGAACGCCGCAGCCCUCUCUCUGCUAGGACACACGGCUCUGUCUGCCCAACUGCAGUGUUUCUGGGUCACGGGCAUUCUUUGGCAGAGAAUUGACUUGAUCAUAUGGGGGAAAGGCUGCUAAUUUCUUUGGCAGAUUUUACUGGCCAGCAGUAAAGCAGGAUCUCCAUUGAGAAACCCUGGCUUUAAUACCUCCCCUUCCUCUCUCCCACAAAGCUGGCUACUUAGCUCAGUCCCAGAAUGAAACUACACCUCAUUCUCUUUCUUUUUAGUAUAUCAAGAGUUAUGUUUCUUUUGUUAUGACUGUUGCCAUUUUAACUUAUCCCCUGCCUCCAGACCUUGUUUCCAUGGAUUCAAAUAUGCAUUAAAAUAUUCUAUACAUGGGCAUUAUGCCUUCUGGAUCCCUUUCUCUUGGGAAUGGAAUAAGCUAAUCUGACUAGGCCUCAGUUUUAAAGCUGAGGUUUUGGGUGGUUGUAGUAAACCUGUUCCUCUCCUUUGCCUGUACUCCUGACUUGCUGCCUGUUCAGCUCUGCUUCUCAGUGAUGGACCUGCACUUGGGCCAGUUCCCACAGUGAGCCCAUGUGCCCUUGGUGUGAGUUAGAGCAGAGUUGUCUCCCAGCUGGCAGAGAGAAUGCAGCUUCUGAAUUGACUUAGAGCAGAGUUGUCUCCCAGCUGGCAGAGAGAAUGCAGCUUCUGAAUUGACUGGUUCAAACUGCAGAAGGGGGGAGCUCCUGGAAGUACUCACUUUUGCUGGAAUUUCCUGUCACUAUUUGGUGUAGCCCCUAGGCCAGAUGCAUAAAAUCAUUUUGCCUGGUUUAAGUGAAAAAUCUUUGGAGCCUUUCUUGAUCCGUUUGAAUCUUCCCCAGUAAAUUGAGCCCCCAUACCUAGUAUGCAUCUUAGCCCUUCCUAGAUGCAGCUUGUAAAAGGGUAUGGCACCUGCCUUGUUCAGCCCCAUAAACAGAUCUGAAUUACUGACAUAUUCAUGCUUGCGUAAGUCUGAGCAGAGGAGAUUGAUCCUGUUGGCACUUAUGGAUGGAGUAGAAGGAAAGCCUGGGUUGCAGCACAGAGAUUUCAGGUAAAAGUCAAAUGUACUGUAGUGCAUCUAAGUUUGCCCUGUGGUGUGAGGGCUGCACACAGCCACACUCCCUUGCACUACAGAAAAGGUGUUCCCUCUCUGACGAGGCUGGAAUAGCAUUGCCUACCCCGUCCUCACUUAAAACACUUCUCACCUACUUUCUUUAGAACCAUUUUUGAUGACAUUGGGUGGUGGUCUCAGCCUGACUACAUCUGAGCUGUGCUUGGCUGAUCGCACAACUUCAACAAGGAACCUUGCUAACCACCAUUGUAGCAAGGCCUCAUGGUUCUAUCCAAACAUAACUAUUUCGCUGGUUUGUGGGUGACAGGAAAUGAAGUUUCUUGCUCAUGGAAGUCCUAGAAACGUGUGCACUGUGCUCCAGCGGGAGAACACCUGUUUGAGACUAAGUGCACACCAAUGCUUGUAGGGUCACCUGCCAAAGAAGUUAGCUGUCUCUCCCCUGUUCCCUUAAAUGCAUCAGUGAGGAAACGUAGCUCCAAUUCUUUCCAUGCGAGGGUGAUGUGUUCUGGGGGAGGGGAAGCAAAUCCUGUCCUGUAGUUAAGUAGACUAUGAAUCUUAAUUCAGUUGUGUUCAAGAGUUGCUUGUCUGUAUGAUUUUAAAAUGGAGUCAAAUUUAGUUUCAAACAUCAAAGGAGCAUUUUUCUUAAAUUACUUUGGGGGUAAUAUUUAAAAAGAAAAAAAAAAAGUUUUGUAACCCUGUAUAAUAAUGACUUAGGGAAUAGAACACAUUCCAGUGUACACAAAGAAUACAAAUUCUUUAAUCAAAUAAAGAGUAUUAUAAAAAGC